CACAAACACGCGGGGGUAUUAAUGAAUCACAAGUCCCCCUCCCCACAUGCUCCGAUUUCACACUCCUCCACCGCUGCUCCCUGCUCCUCCUUUCUCCUCCUCCUCGUCACACACUCGGCUGAAGGAACACGAGUUUUCCCCACCGGCCUGCAUUCACUACGUAACAAAGACAAAAAAAACACAGCAAUGUCCAAGAAGAUCUCUGUAAAGGACCAGUCGGAGCAUGAGCAGCCUCCCAGCCAAAGUCAGCUGGAUCAGACCACAAAGGCAGCCCCGAGUUGCAGGAAAAAGACAGAACCGGGCCAAAGAAACGGAGAGACGACCUCCUCAUCCCCAGAGAGCGGCAGCUUGAAUGGAAACGGAAAGCGCAGUGGGAAAAGCCGACGUCGCAGGAAACGUUCAUCCAAUCCUGGCAGCGCCAAUGAGGGAAAGGUGGAUGAAGGGAAAACUAAAGAAAAGACCGUAGAAGGCAGCAGCCAUUCCCCUGACCAUCAGGCUGCGUUAAUGGGCCUGCAGUCAGAGUGCAGCAGCGUCUGGUUUGAAUGCAGCGUCUAUGAGCGGGCUGAGAGCCUCUACCAGCGCUGGCUGGUGAACGCCUCUAAACGGAACGCCAAGCCCAGCCGCUCACAUCUGCCCUCAGGGAAACGCUCCAUCACGCUUUCCACCGUGACUCCAUCUACCUCAGGACUGACUUGUCACCAUGGUGAUCAGGUAGCGUGCCACCAUGUAGUGGAAGAAGUGUGGGUCAACAAGAUGACUUUUGACCAAGCAGAGCGCCGCUUUGUUGAAGAAUCUGCUCCACGGUCCGUUCCAAACUCGCUUGAGCUCCCCCCUCCGACUAACCGCCCCAGGGCCUCCAGAACCCCUGAUGAAGGGUAUCAGUCUAGAACCCCAACUCCUGCUACGCCUGUCAUUCCAACAUCUCGGCAGUCGAUUAACGGGCUGCCUCGUAUCCCGGUGGAGCUGCUCAGGGAGGUGUGGCUCGACAAACCUCUGUACGAUCGCGCAGAAGCAGCCUUUUACCAGAACAUGUAUGCUAACAAUUCCUCCAAGAGACAAAGCUGCAGCCCCACCCCCAGACCAAGCGACCACCCUCAUAGCCUCAUGGAAGAGGAGGAAGAAGAGGACAUGGAGGAUGUGGCGGAGGAGGAGAAACGGCCAAUCCUGCAGUGUAAAGCGGAGGUCUUCCAUGCCCUCCACCCAAUUCAGGAGGAAGAAGAACCAGCUGAGCUCCUGGAGAUUGAAGAAGCUUCAGGGGUGUGCUUGUUCCUUCACCAAGACAGCGAGCCGGUGUGGCUGGACAAGUGGAAGUACGAUGCUGCAGAGAAGCGUUUUCACAGCGGAGGUUCAAAUAAAGUCUGCACCGUGAAGAAGAAACAGAGGCCAGAGGCAGGAAAGACACCAGCCGCCUCCAAGACGGCAAAAAGGGACAAAAAGAUGAGCUCAAUGAACUUCUUGGCUCAGGAGAAGAUCUGGUUUGAGAAGCCGCGUUACGAUGAGGCAGAAAGACGCUUCUAUGAGCGAAUGAACGGCUCAUCACAAACCUCGCAGGAUGUUGGAGCUAACGCCAUCCUGCAGGACAUUGCUCGCGCUCGGGAGAACAUCCAGAAAUCUCUAGCCGGGCUGAAGAAUACGCUGCGUAACAAAGGGUCUUCCCAAGCUUCCCUGACCCAACAGUCCCAUCCUAACAGCAGCAGCAACAAUGCAGCCGAUCAGGGAGAACUCGUUUCUCGGAUCAAAAGCCUGGAGCUGGAGAACCAGAGUUUACACAAAGUGGUAGAUGACCUACGGGCGGCGCUCUCCAAACUGGAAUGUCGAGUGGCUGUUCUUGAGAAAUCUCCGGUCACUGCAGCCCCAGCUCCUGCUCUCUCCGUCCCCUACACAAACGGCCAGCAUAAGGCCAGCGCUCCAGUUAAAAAGGACGACGAUGAUGACGAAGAUGAUGACAUUGACCUGUUCGGUAGUGAUGAAGAUGAUGAAGAGGCAGAGAAACUUAAAGAGCAGAGGCUGAAGGAAUAUGCAGAGAAAAAGGCAAAGAAGCCUGCUGUCAUCGCCAAGUCCUCAAUAUUGCUGGACGUUAAACCUUGGGACGAUGAGACGGAUAUGGCUAAGCUGGAGGAGUGCGUGCGCUCGGUGCAGGCAGACGGUCUGCUAUGGGGGACGUCCAAGCUGGUUCCUGUGGGAUACGGCAUCAAAAAGCUCCAGAUCGCAUGUGUGGUAGAAGACGACAAGGUGGGAACAGACCUGUUGGAGGAGGAGAUCACCAAGUUCGAAGACUAUGUUCAAAGUGUGGAUGUAGCAGCAUUCAACAAGAUCUGAUUCAGUGGCGUCUCUUCAUCGCUCACUUUCUCUGCUGAUUGUGUCAACGGU